GACUAAGAAAUCAGCAAACAACAAGAUCAGCAAGAUCACUGGGUAUUUAUCUGCUGAAAAUUUUGAAGCUGAAGGUAGUGAGAUGGGUAUUAUGUAUGCUUUGGUAACUAAGCAUUUAAAAAGUGAUCAGAUGAGUAAAUCUCCUCAAUAUCCAACAGAAAUUCAGCAGUUAUUGAAGGAGUUUGGAGAAUUGUUCAAUGAGGAUUUGCCGAAAAGUCUACCACCUUUACGAAGCAUCCAACAUGCAAUUGAUUUGGUACCAGGAGCAGCAUUACCAAAUCUGCCAGCAUAUAGAAUGCCACCUAUGCAGCGAGCUGAGGUACAAAGACAGGUUGAGGAGUUGUUGGAGAAAGGUCUAGUGCGUGAAAGUAAAAGUCCUUGUGCUUGCCCAGCUUUGUUAGCUCCUAAGAAAGAUGGUUCAUGGAGGAUGUGUGUGGACAGCCGUGCCAUAAAUAAAAUUACAAUCAAGUAUCGUUUUCCCAUUCCUCGAUUAGAUGAGAUGCUUGAUCAAUUAGUUGGUUCAAGAGUGUUUUCAAAGAUCGAUUUGAAGAACGGAUACCAUCAAAUUAGAAUGAGGGAUGGAGAUGAAUGGAAAACAGCUUUCAAAACUCCGGAUGGAUUAUUUGAAUGGUUGGUGAUGCCAUUUGGCCUUUCUAAUGCACCAAGCACAUUCAUGAGAGUCAUGGCAGAGGUACUCAAGUCCUUCUUGAAUUCAUUUGUGGUGGUUUACUUUGAUGAUAUUUUGAUCUAUAGCCACACUAAGGAAAAGCACUUAAAACAUUUAUGACAAGUUUUAGAAGUACUUCAAAAGGAGCAGCUUUAUAUAAACUUGAAAAAGUGCAGUUUUAUGCAACCAGAAGUGGUAUUUCUUGGUUUCAUUGUGUCUGCAGAGGGUUUGAAACCAGAUCCAGAGAAGAUUCGUGCAAUUUCAGAGUGGCCAGCACCUACAUCUAUCAAAGAAGUAAGGAGUUUUCAUGGUUUGGCAU